AUGAGUGUGGCGACAAGUCUAGUACUUACAGGGAUCGGUGGACUUUUCUACAAGUAUGAUAACACCCAUAGUUUUGAACUAGAUCCAAACAUUUAUUUGCCUGUGUAUGAGUACAAAGAAAAAGUGAUCAUUCCAAAGAUUGCUAAUACACAAGAAGAGUUCACUAUUGCGAUUGUUAAUUUUUUUCAAGGUUUAUUCAAUAAUCAACCUUUUGUAUAUCCAUUACGAGGAUUCCUGGAACUAAUAUAUUAUCCAGAAAAGUAUUUAUAUGGUACGAUUAGUACUUUUUUGUUUUAUUUGGUAAGUUAUACAGUCAUUACUGCUUUAUAUUGGAUAACUUUAACACCACUUUAUGUUGGAUUUUUUUUCGUUUUGGGACCAAUUGGAGUCCUUUUAGCUUUGGUUCAAACCUUUUUACAUGCAAAUAUUUUAACUUUGAUGUUUAUGAGAUUAUCACAUUUUACCAAUAAUUUAGUUAAAAAUUGUUUAGAUAUAGAUUCAACAACCAAUAAUAAUAGUGAGAGAAUUACUUCAAUUAAAUAUUAUGUUCCAAUUAGUUGUACAUAUUUUUGGGUGCUUUAUCUACCAAUGAAAAUACUUAAAUAUUUUGGUUCUUUUAUUAUAUUAAUCAUUUUAUUAACCAUAUCUGCAAUGCCAAUUAUUGGACCUAUAUUAUUUCAUAGUUUAAUAUCUCCAUUUAUUACGAAAAUAUACAUAUCUAAAACAUUAAAAUUGAAUAAAUUCGAUGAUCAAGAUAGAUUACAUCUUUUUGCUCAAUAUUUUGGUACAUAUACCUCUUUUGGUUUAGUAGCUGCAUUGUUAGAGACAAUUCCAUUAUUUUCAGGUAUAUUUCUUUCAACCAAUAUCAUUGGAACAACUUUGUUAGCAGUAGAGACUAUCCUUAUCACUAACGAAACAGAUCUAUCCCAUGAAUUACCUGAAGAAAGAAGAAGAGGAGGAAGACGAAGUAGAAGAAGUCAUGACAUAUUACCAACUAGAACCACCACCGAUUUAUUACCUGAAUUAUGUCGUUCAAGUUUAGAUGACAGUAGUAGUGAAUUACCUAAUACUGAAUUAGUCUCUGAGAUAUCUCCAAAUAUUAAUAAUAGAAGUGGAAUCCUUUUAUCUGGUCUUUGUAAGACUAGUGAAAUUCCAAGCAUAAAUCUAAAUAAUACCAAUAACUUUUCUAGUAAUAAUAAUUCACAACCUCCUAUUAGUGAAUUGAAAGACCUUAUUAGCUAA